AUGAAGUUGCUAGUUCCUAGCCUCCUCUGUGGGCUGGCUGCUGCCCUCCCAACCAACAACAACAAGACAGCCGAGUAUGAGUUUGUCAUCAUUGGCUCAGGCCCAGGUGGUGGCACUCUAGCUGCCAACCUUGCCCGCGCUGGCCAUUCCGUCUUUCUGCUUGAGGCUGGAGAUGAUCAGGGUGACACGCUGUUGCAGCGUCUUCCAUCAUUCGCAGAUAUCGUUUCGGAAGAGCCCAGCAUGUCUUGGUCGUUCUUUGUGAACCAUUACCAGAACGAGACGCAAGCACGCCGUGACUCCAAGUAUACCUAUCGACUUUCAAACGGGACGUUGUGGUAUGGACUUGAUCCUCCGGAAGAUGCAGAGCCUCUUGGAAUUCUCUACCCUCGAGGUGCCACACUCGGCGGCUCUGCUCAGCUCAACGCCAUGAACUUCGCUCUGCCACCUGAGAGUGACUGGAAUUAUAUCGCUGAACUCACCGGAGACAAGUCCUGGAGCUCUGACAACAUGAGACGGCUCUUUGUCGACCUGGAGAACUGCACUUAUGCUCCCGAGGGCGCCCCUGGCCACGGUUUUGAUGGCUUCAUCGCCAGCAACCGAAACAACAUUUCCUACAUUACUGAACGACCUGGCGUUGUCGAGGUCUUGACUCAUGCAUUCCGGCUGACCGAGGACAUCGAAGUCGAAAACGCGGAAGAGAUCGGAACGCUGAUGCAGAGGGACAUUAACGGCAUUGGACCGGAUCGAUAUGCCCCUGGUCUCUAUCAGCUUCCUCUCCACAUUGAUGGUUUGAGGCAACGCACUGGAUCUUGGAGAUACCUCCACGAGACACUCAUUGCGAAAACUGAAGAUGGAUCUCCCAAGUAUCCUCUGACUCUCAGCACACAGUCUCUUGCGACACGCGUCCUGUUUAAGGACGGCAAAGAUGGGAAGCCAAGAGCCUACGGCGUUGAGUACCUCAAGGGCGAAGGCUUGUACUCGGCUGACAAGCGGUUCAAUGAAUCCGACUCGGGUCGUUUUAUGAACGUCACUGCUUUUCGGGAAGUCAUUGUCGCCGGUGGAGCGUUCAAUACCCCACAGAUUCUCAAGCUUAGUGGCGUUGGACCUCGGGAGGAACUCGAGAGCCAUGAUAUCGAUGUCGUGGUGGACCUUCCGGCUGUGGGCAAAUAUCUCCAAGACAACUACGAGGGUGGCGUUACUGUCGAAGCAUCUAUCCCUUGGGAGAACAACCCCUUUGCCCGAUGCGACUUUUCCCUUGGACCCAACGACACCUGUCUCCAGGAAUGGAACCAAUCUCACACUGGACCGUAUGGCGAGGGUGCAGCACCUCUUGGUCUUCUUUACAAGUCGAGCGUCAGUGAGACCGACGAGUCGGAUUUAUUCCUCUUCGGAGCUGCUGGCGUUGUGUUCCGCGGUUACUUUCCCGGAUAUUCCACAUACCAGGCGCCUCCCACUUCGUGGUUCUGGUCAGUCGUCAAGAUGCAAACUGGCAACCAAGCUGGAACCAUCACACUUCGCUCGGCGGAUCCCAGAGAAGCCCCGGAGAUCAACUUCAACUUCUUUGCUGAGAAGGGAGACCGCGAUCUCCAGGCUAUACAGGAGGCUGUCGAGCACACCAUGCAAAUCUUCAACGCAACCGGAGAGCUGUAUGCCCCGUACACGGUUAUCGAGCCUCCUCCCGGCGUUGAUGUCCGCCAGGGAAUCAUGGACGAAGCUUUUAGUCAUCACGCGACGUCUACCUGCCGUAUGGGUCCUGCUGGUGACAAGGAUUACUGUGUUGACUCCAACUUCAAGGUCAAUGGAGUUGACGGGCUUCGCGUUGUUGAUGCAUCCAUCUUCCCUCGCACUCCGGGUGGAUUCCCCGUCGCUCCCACAUUUGUGAUUAGCCAGAAGGCCUUUGAGGUGAUUCUCAAGUCCAUCAAGAACUAA